GAUGCCAAAGGAGGACCUGAUCUGCACAGGAUGCGGGAAGGAUCCCUACCACUCUGGUACGGGCUGCCUUUGCCCUCCCGGUGCUGGCAACUGGGUUCCCAAGGAGGCGAGCGCUGAAGAGGCAGCAACGAAAUCACCCCCAGCGAGGGGAAGCGCUGCCGAAGACGGCGAGGUUAUUUGCAGCUGUGGGCAGCCGCGUACUCGGGCGUCCAAAGCCCCGGACAGGGUCCUCCCUUGCAG